CGGGCGCGGGGGCGGGCCCGGCGCGCGCGCAUUGGCGGCCCCGGCCCCUCCUCCUCCUCCUCGUUCUCCUCCCGAGCGGCGGCGGGGCCGCGCGGAGCCUCCUCAGCGCUCGGCAGGGCCGCCCAGCCCGCAUCCCGCAUCCCGCACGAUAUGGCUCGUGGACAGCAGAAGAUUCAGUCGCAGCAGAAAAAUGCCAAAAAGCAAGCUGAGCAAAAAAAGAAACAAGGACAUGAUCAGAAGGCUGCAGCCAAGGCUGCCUUGAUAUAUACCUGCACUGUCUGUAGGACUCAAAUGCCGGAUCCCAAGACCUUCAAACAGCACUUUGAAAGCAAGCAUCCUAAGACUCCACUUCCUCCAGAAUUGGCUGAUGUUCAGGCAUAAAGUUGUCUACAGGUGAAGUCAUGACACCUAUUGACUCUUCUACUGUCAGACCUUACAUAACAAACCUGCAGCUGCUUUUCUAAAACUGUUGAUCAGCAAAAAUGAAGGGGCUACAGAAACAUUCAUAUUUUUAUGCUGUUCCCUCUUGGGCUUCAUGCAAAGACAAUUCUGUGUAAAUGUACAGUUGUGCCCUAUUUGGAAAUCCUAAAAAAUCAGUCCAUACUUGUUAUAAAAAAUUUUUUACAAUUGUAAUUAUAUUGAUGUUCAUAUUGUGUAAAAUAACUCACUUAAUAAAGUAGUACUUUGAUUUUACAAUA